AUGUUCAACUCUCUAUUCGUCGCUGCUAUCAUGGCCUUUUCAGCCGUGCAAGCUGCAGUCAUCGACCAUGACCAGGUUGUGCCGUUCGCGCAGCCUACACCGACCUCCGUCUCCCAGAUCGCGGCAUUCAACUUUAAGCCGCAGCUCCACAUCACGAACGGCUGCCACCCGUACCCGGCGGUCGACACAGACGGUAAUACUAGUGGCGGCCUCAACCCGACUGGGUCGUCCAGUGCCGGAUGCAAAGGUUCGGGCUACGGCAGUCAAAUUUACGGACGCUCAACCUGGUACAACGGCGUCUGGGCCAUAAUGUACUCAUGGUAUUUCCCCAAAGAUUCCCCGGCUUCGGGCUUCGGCCACCGUCACGACUGGGAACACAUUGUCGUGUGGCUUAACAACCCGGCGGUAACCAGUCCGGAGAUCCUCGCCGUCUCCACGUCAGCCCAUAGCGGCUACACAGUGUAUUAUCCUCCCAGUUCCGACUACUUGGACGGCAACAGCGCCAAGAUUGACUACUACAGCGUACUGCUGAUCAAUCACUCCUUCCGCAUGACGUCGGACAGCGGCGAGACGCAGGAUUUGAUUAUGUGGGAUCAACUCACCGAUGCGGCUCGAACAGCACUCGAGGACACCGACUUCGGCGACGCUAACGUGCCGUUCAAAGACGCAAACUUCGAGACGAAGCUCGCAAACGCCUGGUACAAGUAA